AUGGCCAGCAAAUCUGUUGCGCGUACCCUCGGCAAGGUUCUGUCUCGCCCUUCUACGACCCCAGCCUCGACGACCACAAGAUGUCAGCGUCUUGCCACAUUCCACAGCUCGCGAGCUUUCACAGACAAUGCACGAUCUACCACACUUUCAUCAUCCGCAAGGCGACACAGACCUAGUCUUGCUCCUUUGACGCAGCCUGCAUAUCGACAGGCUCCUCCAGCAACACGAACCAUCUUCAUCCAGACCGAGGAUACACCAAAUGCAGACGCUCUAAAGUUCCGACCGAAUCAUGAAGUGCUGCCCGAGAACUUCCCAUCAUCAUACCUCGAAUACUUGUCACCGCGAUCUACAGUUGCACCACCACAUCCUUCACCACUGGCUGCACAGCUUAUGAAUGUGGAUGGUGUGACGAGUGUCUUCUACGGCAAGGACUACAUCACAGUGACCAAAGACAGCUCGACACCAUGGGCGCAUGUCAAGCCGGAAGUUUUCAGCAUAAUCAGCGAAGCUGUAACCAGCGGCCAACCAAUAGUAAACAUAAUCGAGAGCAAGGCGGGCGAGGAAGCUGGCCAAGGAAGUGCAACGGCGGAAGCGGAUUUGAACUAUGCGCCAGAAGAUGAGGAAGUCGUAGGAAUGAUACAGGAGCUUCUGGAGACACGUAUUCGACCUGCUAUACAGGAAGACGGAGGGGACAUCGAGUUCCGAGGCUUCCGUGAGGGCCAAGUGAUGCUCAAGCUUGUGGGUGCGUGUAGGACGUGUGAUAGCAGCACGGUCACCUUGAAGAAUGGCAUCGAGAGCAUGUUGAUGCAUUAUAUCGAGGAAGUGAAAGGUGUGCAGCAAGUCAUGGACCAGGAGGAGGAGAUUGCUAUGCAGGAAUUUGCCAAGUUCGAGGAGAAGCUGAAGGCACAGGGACGAGGCACACCGACGACGACUGGCAAGGGAAGUUUAGAUACUGCGGCGGCAUAG